CUACCGGCUCGGCAUCGGACCCCCGUCUGCCCGCGACUCCCCCGCAGCCACAGCCUCAUCCCGUCGCUCACCCUCCUCACGGGCACAUAUUAUAUCCUUAACAUCAUCCGCAUCCCGCCCGCCCACACAAGACGCGCCAUGCGCCCGUCGCCGUCAAUCCAUCGCCACUCGUUGUCACUCCUGUCCCUGUCAUCAUCGUCUCCUCGUCUCUCCUGCCGACCGUUUGCCGCCGCUGCAGCAGCAGCAGCAUCGGUAGCCACUCGACACACCGGCCGCGACACCACCGCGCACCAUCUCCGCCCCCUCGCUCCGCUGUCCCGUCCACCCUUCUCCGCCCGCGCCAUGGCCACCGACGCAUCGACUUCCCCGCCCGCGCCCGCGCCGCCGGUGCUCAAGCAGCCCGUCAAGCUCGCCUGCAUCCAGCUCGCCUCGGGCGCCGACAAGGCCGCCAACCUGCGUCACGCCGCCGAGCAGGUCGCCGCCGCCGCCGGCGCUGGCGCCCGCAUCGUCGUCCUGCCCGAGUGCUUCAACUCGCCCUACGGCACCGGGUUCUUCCACGAGUACGCCGAGACGCUGCUGCCCUCGCCGCCGCCCGCGGACGCCGCGCCGUCGUUCCACGCCCUCGCCGCCAUGGCCGCUGAUAACGCCGUUUACCUUAUCGGCGGCUCUAUCCCUGAGCGCGACCCCGCUGCGUCCGGCAAGCUCUAUAACACGAGCCUCGUCUUCGGGCCCGACGGCGCCCUACUCGAUACCUUCCGUAAGGUCCACCUCUUCGAUAUCGACAUCCCCGGCAAGAUCACCUUUCGCGAGUCCGAGGUCCUAAGCGCCGGUAAUCGGGUCGCCCUAGUCCGCCUCCCCGAGUACGGCACUAUCGCCGUCGCUAUCUGCUACGACGUCCGCUUUCCCGAGCUCGCUACUAUCGCCGCCCGUAACGGCGCCUUUGCCCUCAUCUACCCGGGCGCCUUCAACCUUACCACGGGCGACCUCCACUGGAAGCUCCUCGCCCGCGCCCGCGCGGUAGACAACCAAAUAUACGUCGCCAUGUGUAGUCCCGCCCGGGACAUGUCUGCUACCUACCACGCCUGGGGCCAUAGCAUGAUCGUCGACCCUAUGGCUGGGGUUCUAGCCGAGGCCGACGAGAAGGAGACCAUCAUCGAGGCGGAGCUUAUCGGCGAUGCCAUAACCGAGGCGCGGAAGAAUAUUCCCCUCAACACACAACGGCGAUUUGAUGUUUAUCCGGACAUCAGCAAAGGCAAGAUACAGUUUGAAGAGCCUCAACCAUAAUAUCCCAGCCACGCGAUACUGUAAAGGAGGAAAGGCUCGGGGGCACCGUACUCUGGUGGGUCGGAACCCCAGCGAGAGUAAAACAUUGGUUUUAGAUUCUGCUUAGGCAGAACCUGUAGUACCAUUUGCACCAUCUAGACUGGUAAAUUUUGAUAAACCUCAAGUACGGUCAUCAGCGCUGGUAUAUGUCUUCAAGAGGCAUGUCAAGUUGAGGCAUAUGAAGUCGUCAUUCACUUUUUCUAUUCUUUGC